AUUAUUUAUAUCAUUUUCUUCUCUAUUUCUACUUUAUCUUGAACUCUAAAAGAACUGAUUAAAGAAAUCCAGUCAAGAUACUUGAUUCAUGAGGCUUCGCCAAUAACAGGGUAGUGUGAUCGGAAAACAAGUAUUUUGAUGUUUCAUAUAUUAAUAAUGGGAUACGGAAUUCUGCGUAAUAUACGGGGAAUUCAAAGACUGGUAUACUUUGGGGGAGUGAUUUUUGCCGUUUUCGUAGUGUUUCGGUAUCUAGAAUUUCCGUAUGGGGAUGUUAUAUCAUCUUUGUUUUCGGCUAACAAUAUUUUCAACACUAAAACUGAACGCUUUCCUCAAGAGAACCCAUCUCCGAUUUCCGAAAUAUAUGAAGAAAUAACACAAGAUGUUAAUAGUACUGCCAGCAGUUACUCUGAAGGUAAUGCUAGUGCGACUACUACUACUUUAGCAGCUCCCAUAAAUCUUUUAGAUUCUAUCAGUUCUGACCACGACAGAAAUGUGUCAAAUUCGGUUGGUGAUUUUACAAAAGAUGAGGCAUCAACGAAAAGUAUUAAUGUCCCAUGGGUCAAUGUAUCUUCUGUGAUAGAUGUCCCUAAUAAGACGCAACAGGAGAAUGUAGUUUCGAUUUCUGAAAUGCACGAUAUUUUAGUCCAUAACCGUGCUUCUUCUCAUUCAACGGAACCAAGGUGGCGAUCGAGAGCUGAUCAACAGUUGCUGAAAGCAAAGUUGCAAAUUGAGAAUGCUCAGUUCAGUGAAGAUGAUGAUAGCCUUUAUCCUUCUGUGUUCCGUAAUAUUUCAAUGUUUAGGAGGAGCUAUGAACUAAUGGAAAAAACUCUCAAGGUUUACAUAUAUAAAGAGGGAGAGAAACCGAUAUUCCAUCAGCCAGAGGCGAUUAUGAAGGGAAUAUAUGCAUCUGAGGGAUGGUUCAUGAAGCAAAUGAAAACAAGCAAAAGAUUUGUUACUAGAAAACCAAAACAAGCCCAUUUGUUCUACAUUCCUUAUAGCUCGAAACUGUUGAAAGAAACUCUAUAUUCCAAAUCUCAUGACCGGGAGAGAAUGGUGUCAUACUUGAAGAACUACCUUGAUAUGAUUGCAGGGCGAUACAGUUUUUGGAAUAGAACUGGUGGGGCCGAUCAUUUCCUUGUUGCCUGCCAUGAUUGGGCUGCAUAUGAAACAAGACAGUUCAUGGGUACUUGCAUAAGAGCCAUUUGCAACACAGAUGUUGAAAAGGCAGGUUUCGAAUUGGGGAAAGACGUUUCUCUCCCAGAAGCAAACGUUCGUUACCCUCAAAGUCCAUUAAAAAACAUUGGAGGUAAACCUCCUUCAAAACGUUCAGUUUUCGCUUUCUUUGCAGGCCAAAAGCAUGGUUACCUUCGUUCCAUUCUACUACACCAUUGGGAAAACAAAGAUUCUGACAUGAAAAUAUUUAGAAAACUCCCAAAAGUCAAAGAUGACCAAAACUAUGUUGACUAUAUGAAAAGUAGCAAGUUUUGCAUAUGUGCCAAAGGUUAUGAAGUCCAUAGUCCUAGAGUUGUGGAAUCCAUCUUUUAUGAAUGUGUUCCUGUGAUUAUAUCUGACAAUUUUGUGCCACCUUUUUUUGAGGUUUUGGAUUGGGGAUCGUUUGCAGUUUUCAUUCCUGAGAAAGAUAUUCCGGAUCUUAAGAAUAUCCUACUCUCGAUCCCAAUCAAGAAGUAUCUGCAAAUGCAUCGAAGGGUUAAAGAGGUACAACAACAUUUUCUUUGGCAUGUUAAGCCAAUCAAGUAUGACAUCUUUCAUAUGAUACUACAUUCAGUAUGGUAUACUAGAGUUCUUAGAGUAAACCCAAGGUGAUUAGAUACAUUUUGACUUAUUCAGAUGUCAUAUAAAUACACAUUACCGAUCAUUCAGUACUGUAUACGUAAAAUUAUUGGACACUGAUAUUGUUAAUUUUAUUUAAUUUUCUUCUCUUACAAA